AUGGAAAAAGAAACCAUCCUUGAACUUCGGAAUGUUACGAAAACCUUCGGUGAUUUUGUCGCAGUUGACAGUGUUGAUUUUGCACUGCAAACCGGUGAAAUUCACGCGAUUUUAGGAGAGAACGGUGCGGGUAAGUCCACACUGAUGAAUCUUAUCUAUGGACUUUACCAACCAUCGGCAGGACGCAUCUAUGUCACAGAUCGUGAAGGCUGGCAGCGUAGGUUACGGGCAAAAUCGCCACGUGAUGCGAUUGCCACCGGUAUCGGCAUGGUGCAUCAGCACUUUAUGCUGGUUGAAAAUCUGACUGUUGCUGAGAAUAUUGCCUUGAGUAAGUGGUUGCGGAAAUUCCGCUUUAAGAAAGAAGACGCGAUUCGUAUUACCGAAGAGCUCUGCGCGCAGUUCGGUCUGGUUGUUGAUCCAACUGCAUUGGUGCGGACGCUUUCAGUAGGUUUGAAGCAACGUGUAGAAAUUCUAAAAGCACUGGCAGUUGAUGCUCGGAUACUGAUUCUUGAUGAACCGACCGCCGUUCUCAGUCCACAAGAGGUAGAAGGCUUCUUCACAAUUCUCCGCAAACUCCAAGCCGAUGGCAGCGCAAUCAUCUUCAUUAGCCACAAAAUGAAAGAGGUUUUAAGCAUCAGCGAUAGGAUUACCGUCUUAAGGCGCGGCAAAAAGGUCUAUCUCGGUAAGACGGGUGAACUGACCACACGAGAACUCGCAAGGGAGAUGAUCGGGGAGGAGGUCAACGAGGUUGAACGCUCAGGAGACGCAGCCCUCGAAAAUGAGACAUCAGACAACGUGCUACAACUCUCAAAUCUGACCGUACUCGGCAGUCGUAACGAAAUCGCAGUGUCAGAUGUCUCUAUGGCGACCCAUCGCGGUGAGAUCGUUGGCAUCGCUGGCGUUGACGGCAACGGACAACGCGAACUCGCCGAGGCGAUUAUGGGCUUACGGCACAGUGAAUCAGGGACAAUAAGCAUCUUAGACACCGAUCCGAAAGGGACAAAAGCGGUGCGACAGCGCGGGGUCGGUUAUAUCCCUGAAGAUAGGCAAACGACUGGCGUUAUCGCGUCGUUCUCAGUUACAGAAAACCUCUUGCUGAAUGUAACGCACUUGGAAAGGACAGCACACUGGAAUAUCCUCAAUCAAAAAAGAAAACAGAAUACAGCACAACAACUUAUCGCUGAUUAUGACAUCCGUCCCCCUAUCGGUGGCAUUCCUGCCGCUGCACUCUCCGGCGGCAACCAACAAAAAAUUGUACUCGCCCGAGAAAUCUCGCUUCACCCCGACCUACUUAUCGCCGUUAAUCCGACACGCGGUUUAGAUGUUAACGCCGCUCGCUAUGUACAUGAGAAUUUGUUGGCACAACGCGACGAAAAGAAAUCUGUACUGCUCAUCUCAACGGAGUUAGACGAAGUCCUACUACUGAGCGACCGACUCUUUGUGAUGUCAAGGGGUAAGUUGAUCGAAGCGACUGCGCAGCGCAACGAUAUCGAAGCUCUCGGAUUGUUAAUGACAGGAGAAACCCAUAAAGACCUUAGUGAUAGUCUGAAAAUAUGA